AUGAUUGCUACUCGUGCCUACGGACUGCGUCGUCUCGGGUGGGCGGCAGCGACUGCCACAAUUCUUUUCCUAUUAUUCACGCUCGCCCACCAUCGACUGACCAGCCCAGACACUCUCGUCGGACCAAGCCACGAACCAGCGACACCACACCAGGUCGCCUUCAACACCGCCACGGAAACCUCAAAGCCCUGGAUAGACUUUUACUUCCAGAGGGUGCAGAACCCUUCAGUAUUACCCGACACCCCUAAAUACUCUCUCUUUGGGGCACUGGAGUGGCGUCUGUCUGAGGAUAUCGCAUGGCAUGCUAAGCUCGGCAACGACCUUUGCAUAAUCGACUUUGACGACAGAGCCUUUAAUGCCUCUGGUCAAAUAUUUGGGCCGCACGUCAUGAGCUGGGAGAAUGCAGAGUCUGUGCAUGGACUGUCCCUCGGGUUCCUGAACCACUGGCUAUAUAGUAAGAUACACGGAUACAAGUACUACUAUAUAGCAGCGGAUAGCUAUACGGACCGUCGCACUUCCUGGAAGAAACCGGCCAUUAUUUCGAAACUCUUGGCAAAGCAUCGCGCGUGCAUCUACAUGGACUCCGAUGCGCUGUUCAGAAACCUGGACUUGCCGUUCGAAUGGCUGAUGAACUACUGGAAAAUCAGCCCGGCCUCCAACUCGCUCGCUCUCGCCUUUGACCCAAAGCACGAGUGGAACCAAGACGAGUUUGGAAAGGAAUAUCUCAACACGGGUUUUCUUGUGGCACAAAAUAACCCAAGAACCUUUGAGAUACUCGAUGCCUGGGAGGACUGCCCCAACGAUGGCGGCCGCUAUCCCAACUGCACCAAGUUCAGGACAAACGAUCCUGGCCGGCCAACAGAUCAGGGCGGUUUCGGCACCUAUGUUCGUUACGAUUUCGCCGACGACAUUCGGGAGCUGCCCUGCGACGAGGCAAACGGAUUCCCCGAGGCCCAUGCCGGGUGCGAUGGCACAUUUAUCCGCCACCUAUGGACCGGAAAGGAUGGUCUCCUCAAGGUCUUUGCGGGAGGCCAGAUGCCCGGUCCGUACCUGGAGUAUUUCCACGAGGAAUACCUGGCGACCAAGGCAGAGUUUCACAUGAAUGAAACUGUGCUGAUGGGUUAG